AUGGAAUCAGACAACCUUAAUAACAACAACAACAUUGACAACAUGAAAAACGACAAUUGUGACGACAAAACCUUUGUUCCUGAUUCAAAAGAAGGAAGCUUUCUAGGAAAAAGAAGCAUUGCUGAGAGAAGGGGUUUCAAUUCCAAUGCUGCAAGAAUCAACACAGCACUCUUUCGCACUUCAACUUCAACAACCCCUUCACUUUCCCCUGUAGCUCGAUCACCUCGUCUCACUAUUCCUGUUGGCAUUAGCCCCACUGCGUUGCUUGAUUCUCCCAUCAUGCUUCCAAAUUCUCAGGCCAUGCCUUCUCCCACCACUGGCACAUUCUUCACGGUGCCACCUCCUAGUCAUGAAGGAUCAGUGAUCACACUUGAACAAGGGAAUGUGGAUGUGCCCACUGUCUCUGAUGCUGCUGCCUCCUUCAAAUUCAAGCCUCGUGUCCAUUUAGAUCCUAAUCCUUUUCCUCCUCCCUACUCUGAUUCUCUAACUCAGGUUUCUAGUAAUUUCCACACAGUAAAGGGAGAAAAUAGAGACAGCCAACUACCUGUUCAAGUUCAACCACCAUUGAAUUUUUCAUUCCCAGCAGAUUUUCCAAAAGGCCAUUCUGCAAAAAUUAAUGAAGUCCAUUCCUACAAUGAUAUGAAAAUGGUAAAUGAUGCUAUUGUUAAGGCUAAUACUGUUGAGAUGCCACUGUUUGGCUCUGAGGAAGUUAGUGAUGAAAGUGUUUUGCCUAAAAAUGCUGUCCAUGAUGAGGAAAUUAGUGGACAACCCUUUUCAGAAGGGGAACAGAAAGAGACAUCCAACGCAACAGCAGCAGUAAGGACCUCAGAGGAUGGUUACAAUUGGAGGAAAUAUGGACAAAAACAGGUAAAAGGUAGUGAGUAUCCCAGAAGCUACUACAAAUGCACACAACCUGAUUGUCCAGUCAAGAAAAUGGUGGAAAGAUCCCAUGAUGGCCAAAUAACAGAAAUUAUUUACAGGGGUUAUCAUAACCAUGCCAAACUGCACCCUGGUCGCCGAGCAUCAACACUUUCUACUGAUGAGAUGUCAGACAUGGGUGAAGACAGUACCUUUGCAAAAAUUGAUGGUGGGUUGGUUUGGAGAAACAUUCAAUCAGGAGUAAAACAUGCAAAACACAAUUUGCAUGGGAAGGCUGAUGGUCAAGAAAGGACAUCAUCAACUUCUGUUGCGACCGAGCUAUCGGAUCCUAUAUCAACUAACAAAGCUAAAUCUCUAAAUAUGUUUGAAUCAGAGGACACUCCCGAGCUUUCUUCUACACUUGCUAGUCAUGAUAAUGAAGAAGAUGGAGCCACUCAAACCCUCACAUCAGUUGAAGAAGAUGCUGAGGAUGAUGAAUCAGAAUUGAAAAGAAGGAAGAAAGAUAGCUACUCAGUUGAACCAAAAUUGCCUCCUAGAGCUGUUCGUGAGCCAAGAGUGGUAGUCCAAAUUGAGAGUGAUGUGGACAUACUUGAUGAUGGUUAUCGCUGGCGUAAGUAUGGCCAGAAGGUUGUCAAAGGAAAUCCAAAUCCUAGGAGCUACUACAAAUGCACGAGUGCUGGAUGUACGGUAAGGAAACACGUGGAAAGGGCUUCACACAAUCUAAAAUAUGUAAUUACUACUUAUGAGGGAAAGCAUAAUCAUGAAGUGCCCACUGCUAGAACCAACAAUCAGAUGAACUCGAGUGAUGGCGGUUUACCUCCGAAUGGUGCUAAUGGGCAAGUGGCUCUCACAUUACCAGGAAGUGCUGGUAUUCCAAAGCCUGAAACUCAUCAAACUCUUGCACCUCAUUUUGAUAGAAAACCUGAAUUUAGCAGCGAUUUCUUAAGGCCUAGUUUGGUUGGAAGUUUCAGUAAUGAUAUGAAGUUUGGGCCUUCUUCCAUAUGCCAAAUGAAGUAUCCUUCCUUGAAUAAUACCAUGCCUUAUGGCUCCUAUGGACUGAACCCUGACCGUUGUGCUGCCCCUCAAGCUGGAUCUAUUGCCUCAAUGUUCCCUGAUUUUCCAAUGCCACUACCAUUGAAUCUCCCCUCAUCUGGAAACUUUUCUCUUUCUGGACUCAAUUUUAACUGUGUAAAACCAAUGAAUCCUGUCCAGUCUUUUCUUUCCCCUCAGCAGGUAAAGGAGAUUGAUACAGGAUUCCUAAGGCCUAAACAGGAACAAAAGGAUGAUACCAUAUAUGGCACAUGCUUACCCCCAAUUGAUCAUGCAAACGCUUCACUCACUUAUUCAGCAACUACACCAUCCAUUUAUCAGCAUGUCAUGCAAAAUUUCCCUUCCUAA